CCCCAUCACAUCUGCAGCAAUUUAAGCGCUCCGGGUCGCCGAGUGCUUCCAGUAAUCCGCGGUCUCUCGCCAGAGUCUGUUCUCCUUGUCACAGUGCUUCAAAAUGUCAAUUGUGUGUGAGAAGGUGCCCAAAUCCGGUCUUGUGGUGAAGGCGGGAUACAUUGGAGUGGAGGAUUUCGUCACUGUGCAGCGCACUGAGCGGCCCAAGGACUUGCCAAUUGCGGAAAAAUGGUGCAUGGAGCCUUGCUUUCUGCCCAGCUUCUACGAGCCAAUGGCGCAGAAGAUUGAGAACUUCACUGUCCGUCCGGACGACGUCUGGGUGAUCACGUAUCCAAAGUGUGGCACGACGUGGUCACAAGAGAUGGUGUGGAUGUUGUGCAACAAUCUCGACUACGAAGGAGCCAAGAGGAAGCUGACUGAGAGAUUUCCCUACAUUGAGAUCGGCUGCCUCUUGUCCAGGGACAUUCCGGACUUGGACCAAAUAGAGAUACUGGAAAACAUGCCGUCGCCGCGGUUCAUCAAAUCUCACCUUCCGGCGCACUUGCUGCCGCCGCAAAUCUGGACGGUUAAGCCCAAAAUUGUCUAUGUGGCCAGAAAUGCGAAGGACACAGCAAUAUCCUGGUAUCAUCACUACGUCAACUACCAACACUACAAGCACACUUUCGAUGACUUCAUGGAGGUGUUUCUCAACGAUAUGGCCGACUUCUCGCCUUAUCACUCUCACAUAAUCGAUUUCUGGAAUAUGCGACAUGAGAAGAACAUCCUUUUCCUCACGUUCGAGGACAUGAAGGCCAACCAUCCGGCGGUGAUUGAGAAAACUGCGGCAUUCUUCGGCAAGACGUACACAAAGCAGCAAAUUGACCGUCUCGCUGAUCAUCUCUCCUUCGCCAAGUUCUCCAAGAACUCCGCUGUGAACAUGGAGGCCAUUCUGCAGUUGGUUCAGGACUCGCUGAACGUCAAGAUGCCCGAUCCGAGCUUCACUAUAGCGCGAAAGGGGGCAGUUGGAUCGCACAAGGAGGAAAUGACGCCAGAACUGAUUGAGAGAUUUAAUAAAUUCACCGAAAGUGAGAUGAAGAGAUGGAAGUGUGACGCAGAAUUGCGGAAAAUCUUCAUACUGUGAAUAUUGGCAAAUAAAGAUCAAAUUAAGUGCCUUUAAAUCAACAA